ACGAGCAGAGAGGAGGUGAGCGUCUCAACAGCAACAACCACACUCUACUGACUCUCCUGGACUCUGGUGGGCUGCUGGACCGGACCCUUUUUAGUCUUGAAAUGUGUCCUCCCCUGCUGGACUGGACUUCACUGACCCAUCUGGACUAACCUUGAUUAGACUACAGGACUCUACGGGACCAGAAACAUGGAUGCAAAACCUUCCGGAGGCAACACCGGCACGCCCCCAGACACGUGAACACACCCCGGCUCCGCCUCUUCCUGUCACGCCCUCCGUCCCCCGCCUGUCACCAUGUCGGAGGGUCUGCUGCAGGUGGAGAUUCCGGACUUUGGCAGCAGCGUGUUGGGAAGUCUGAACCAUCAGCGGUUGCUGGGACAUUACUGCGACGUCUCCAUCCUGGUCCAGGGUCAGGUGUUCAAGGCCCACCGUGCGGUUCUGGCCGCCUCCUCGCUCUACUUCAGAGACCUGUUCAGCUCGGAGUCCUCUGAGCCCAGUGGGUCGUCCCAGGUGACCUUUGAGCUGCCCUCUUCAGUGACGCCCGCCUGCUUCCGGCAGAUUCUCUCCUUCUGCUACACGGGACGCCUCAACAUGGCCGCCAGCGAGCAGCUGGUCCUCAUGUACACGGCCGGGUAUUUGCAGAUCCAGAACAUCGUGGAGCGAGGCCUGGAACUGAUGAUGAUGAAGUCCUCAUCUUCCUCGCCUUACUGCUGUGACUCGCAGACUACCUCAGCAGAAGAGCUCGGACCAUUGGACACCCACGUGGUGCGGCAGCACACCACCCCCCAGCCACAGGGUGCCAGUCCAGACCCUCACUCCAUUAGUCCAGAGGAGCUGCUGAUGGCUGCCAGCAGGAUCAAACAGGAGAGACGAGACUCGCCUCCUGGAGAAGAUGUGGAGGCCAGAGUGGACUUUGCAGGGGAGCUUCAGACCGGCACAGCAGGCGCUCUGUGUUACCUAGGUGCAGGUGGAGGCGUGGUUCUGGGCCUGCAGUCCUACCUUCUGGUAGGUGGGGGUCGCUCCAGUUCGGAAGGGUCCAGCCUCCCAACAGACUCGCCCCCCUCACACCCCCCAACAGAGGAGGAGCUGGAGGACAAUUACUCCUGCAACAGCAGCCAGUCUGGAAUGUUCCAGCACGUGUUUGGGCAGCAUGGACAGGAGAAGAUGGACUCGCUGCGCCUGCCGUUGGCCAGCGAGCGGCGUGUGUGCAUGCUGGUGGGCGGAGACAACAUGGCGCUCCCAGCCAGUCUGGUCAGCCAGAUUGGAUAUCGCUGCCAUCCGUCGCUCUACACGGAGGGAGAACCUGGAGAGAAGGUGGAGCUGGUGGCAGGUUCAGGUGUGUUCAUGACUCGAGGUCAGCUGAUGAACUGUCACCUGUGCGCUGGAGUCAAACACAAAGUUCUACUCAGGAGGCUGCUGGCGACCUUCUUUGAUAGAAACACUCUGGCCAAUAGCUGUGGGACGGGGAUCCGCUCCUCCACCAAUGAUCCGAGCCGAAAGCCACUGGACAACCGAGUGUUAAACACAGUUAAACUGUACUGUCAGAAGUUUGCUCCAGGCUUCAAGGAGAGUGAGAUGAACGUGAUUGCAGCAGACAUGUGCACCAAUGCUCGCAGAGUACGAAAGCGUUGGCUCCCCAAGAUCCACUCUCUGCUCCCCAACAGCCUCCCUGCCUCCGCCCCCCAGCCCCGCAAGGCCAGGAGGGGGGGGCUCACAGGGCGAGCAGGAGGAGAAGCAGAAAUGGACACGCAUCAGCUCAGCGAUACCGCCUACCUGGGCCAGGAGGCCGACAGAGAGGAGCCUCACAUGCAGCUGGUUGGCUCGCAAGGGGGAGGAGCAAGGCAGAAAGGAGGGGAAGCAGGAAGUGGCGGGCAGUCACAGUAUCAGGACACCAUCCUCUGCAUGUCCUCCUCCUACUCCCCACAAUCCUGCUCCCACCUGGCUGAGACAGCACCCCCUGGCACUGAUGACAGGGGGGCGGAGUCUCUUGAAAACAGACAAUAAGCUUUCUACUGCAGCUGCCUAACUUCCUGUCUACUUAUCUGUCCCCUACCUCACUUCCUGUCUACUUGUCUGCCCCCUACCUCACUUCCUGUCUACUUGUCUGCCCCCACUUCACUUCCUGUCUGUCUUCUUGUCCGUACCCUACCUCACUUUCUGUCUACUUGUCUGCCCCCACCUCACUUCCUGUCUGUCUUCUUGUCCGUACCCUACCUCACUUUCUGUCUACUUGUCUGUCCCCACCUCACUUCCUGUCUAUCUACUUGUCUGUCCCCAUCUCACCUCUUGUCUACUCGUCUGUCCCCGCCUCACUUCCUGUCUACUUGUCUGUCACCAUCUCACUUCCUGUCUACUUGUCUGUCACCAUCUCACCUCUUGUCUACUUGUCUGUCCCCACGUAACUUCCUCUCUGUCUACUUGUCCGUACCCUACCUCACUUCCUGUCUACUCGUCUGCCCCCACCUCACUUCCUGUCUGUCUACUUGUCCGUACCCUACCUCACUUCCUGUCUACUUGUCUGCCCCCACCUCACUUCCUGUCUGUCUACUUGUCUGUCCCCAUCUCACCUUUUGUCUACUUGUCUGUCACCGCCUCACUUCCUGUCCACUUGUCUGUUCCCUACCUCACUUCCAGUCUGUCUACUUGUCCCCAAACUCACUUCCUGUCUGUCUGUUGGUGCAUUCCAGACGUGGGGAAGCCGGAAAUGUAUGAGCUCCGUCUAAUAAAAGCGUACCGGAAUGCCAAUUGAAGUGGUGGCGGAUAAAGACAUGUGAUGUCACACUUGAAUGAUAGUGAAUGACAAGGUCAAGUAGAGGCCAGCAUAGAAUAUGUUCAUGAGUAUAUUACUGGUUAGAAUAGACGUCUGAAUCCAACAUAAGCUGUCGUUCAUGAACACUGGGAUGAAGAUAAAAGACUGUAUUCUCCUAUUUGGACUUUUUUCAUGUAAAAUGUCAAGCGUGACCAAGGUUAGAUGUCAUCAUAUGGACUUUAAUGCACCGCUAACGCUAAACAAUAAACUUAAUGAGGUCAUCAGCCAUGUUUGCAGUUUACUUUCUACUGGAAUGCUUUAGGAGGGGACCCCAGAAUCUUCAAGUGGGUUAUUUUCAACUUCCCAGCGGUUUGGAAGGCAGCAUGUCUGUCCCCUACCUCACUUCCUGUCUGUGUGCUCAGAUACUCUGCUGCAUGUUACAACCUCCUGCUGUCCAGCAGGCCAAGAGCAAGUGGACUGAUAAUGAUGAU